AUGGGAGGAAACAAGAAAAGACAAAAGAAGCUGAAGAAUGUUCCACAAAUUCCUGGCAUUCAAGUCCCUACCUCUGUUGCUGACACUUCCUUGCUCAAGGACCUAACCCGAGGACAACAAUCCUACUUUUACAGCAUCAUGAGGAUUUAUGACUCCAGGCCCCAGUGGGAGGCCCUGCAGAGCCGCUAUAUUCAGAGGCUGGCACACCAACAGCGGCUGGGCUAUAUCACCCAGCAGGAAGCCUUGGCUUGUGGUACUCUCCUUAUAGAGUCAACCAAGAAAGCCUCAGCCAAGGUAGCAAAGCAAUGGACCGUUUCCCGGAAGUCUUCAGCCAUGACAAGAAAAUGUCUGUCAGCAAGACCCAAGUCUGCAGCUGGUCCCAGGGCCCACAGUGCACGGUGCUGA